AUGAGUGGACUUGAUAUGAGUUAAUUGAAGCUGAUACUUUAGCAUAUAGAAUAGCAAGAUGCUAAUGGAAAGACCAUCAAAUAUUCAGCAACAAAAGAGUUUAAAAAGCUAAUAUCAUAAAAUAAUUAGCAGAUCAAUACUCAGAUGAUUAGCAUUUGCUACGAGAUAAUAGCUAACUCAAAAGAGAGAUUGCAUUCAAGAUUAUACUCUUUGAAAUUUGUGACGUCUUGCUUAUUAGAAGGAAAUAUUGUUUUUAUAGAAACUUUUUAAGAACACGAAUUAAUGGAUUACUUUGCAGAAGUAGCUUAAGAAAGUACAUUUGGAUUUGAUAGCAAUACAUUUGGUACAAUGUUCUUAAAUAAUAACAAUCCUACUCAAGUUGAAUAGUAGAAUAGCUAAAAUUUUGUCAGGAUGCUGCUAGAGUGCUGUGUAAUUCUAUCAUAAGUAUAUCCUGUUAGAUAAAAUAAAUAAAGAUCAGUGUCUAAAUUUAGGUAGUUAAUUGAAACACUUAAGCAGGGAGAAUGCUUUAUUCCUACAGAUAAAAAAAUCUAAACUUAAGAUAUCACAGUCAUUUAAAAUGCUUUAAUUGACUAGAAUUAUGUUGGCUCCUCUCAAAACGGAUUAAGCCAAGAAGAAUAUUAUUAAAACAUAAAUACAAUGAAUUAGACAUCUACAACUUAGUAAGGAUUAAAAGGAAGUAAGGCACAGAUAAAUUAGAGUUAGACAAAUAAAGGUAGCACUCCUUAACCAUCUUUAACUGAAUCUAUGGCUACAAAGAUAAAAGGAUUAAAUGCAAAUGAUUAUAAUUAACUAUACAAAGAUAAUUUAAAGCUGCUGGAAUAAAUUAGAUAAUCUUGCAUUCAGCAUCUAGAUUACGAUUAGCAAAUAGACUAAUUCUUAAAAAAGCUUACAGAUGUUAAAAAGGUGUUCGAUAAUUGUAAUAUAAGGGAUGAUGAAAUUGAAAACAAAGCAGCUAUGAUAUCAAUAGUUGAUUAAGAAGUUAUAGACUGUUUGUAGUAGUAUAAAAAGACAAAUAAUGCAGAUAAUUUAGUCAAUUAUUUUUUGGUUUAGUAUGAAUAAACUUAUACAGGAUUUUUGGGAGAGGCUCUUCCCAGUUAGUAAGCACCUUCAACUGGAUAGAUUAAGGGUUAAUCUUAGAAAUAAAUAGAUGAACAAAAGAUUAGAGAGUAAUAAUUGGAAAAAUAGAGAUUAGAGUAGGAAUAGAGAGAACUAGAAGAAUUGUAAAAUGAAAGACAUUAGCAAAUGCUAGAAAUGAAAGAAAAAGAAAGAUAAAGAUUAGAAGAAGAAGAGGCAAAAUGGAAAUAGCAAAAGCUUUUGUAGGAACAGUAAGAAUAAGAAAAAUAAUAAUAAUAGUUGAAGAAAUAAAAAGAAUAGGAAUAAUUGCAGAAAUAGUUAGAGUAUGAAAAGCAGUAGCAAUUGCUCAAAUAAUAACAUGAGGAAGAAACACAAAGAUAAAUAGAAAAACAAAAAGAGUUAGAAAGAUAAAAGGAGCUUGAAAGACAAAAAGAAUAAGAAAGAAAGCAACAACAAAUGCUCAUGAAGCAGAAGGAAGAAGAACUUGAAAGAUAGAGAUAGCUUUAAAAUUAACAAGAAAAAGAAAAAUAAAUGAAGUAGUAGUAACAGUAGUAAAGCAGUAUGAUUAGAAAUCCAUAGUAAUAAAGCCAAAUAAAAAGCAGCUAUAUGAAUAAUGAGAAUGUUAAUGAUGACGAAGAGGACGAUGGAAUAUACAGAGGUGUGCCUAAUUAAGGACAGAGUAAUCCUGGAUUUAAAAAUACUAACGAUUAUAAUAUUUAUCAAAAUCGUCACAAUAAAAUGCCUUCUGUAAUAGAGGAAGAAGUGGAAGAUAUUGAAAAAAGCAAUAAAAAUUCAUCAUGGAUUAAGUAAGAUGCAAAUCAAAAUGUACCCAGCAAAAAAUACCAUAGUUAGUUGAAUUCAAGUGGACUUAAGAGUUCAUUUGAGAUGAGAAAUAGUAAAUUCUAAGCAGCCCUAAAUUAAAUGGCUGAUUAAGAACGUAGCAAGUUAAGAGAGAGUCGUUUAUCUGUAAGAUCAAAUUAUGAUUUAGAAAAAUCUAGUUCAAUGUCACGUUUUGAUCCAAACAAAAGUAAACCCAUUAUCUCAAAAGGAGUUUCUCGCGAUGAACACAAGGCAGCUAUUAAUAAAGAGAAAGAAGAGAAAACAAAGCUUGAAAAAGUCAUAUUUGGCAAAGAAGCAGAAAUAAAUAGCCAAAAAGAUGCAAUGAAGAUAAUGACAAAAGAAAUGAUAGAGUUAAAGACAGUAAAUGAUCAUUUAGAAAAAGAUAUUUUAAAGUAUUAGCAGAAAAUUUAGCUUUAUGAGUCAGGAAAUGUAAGAGAAGGAGAUAAGUAUUUAGAGAAAAUAAAUAUAUUAGAAAAUGAAAUAAAUAGUUUGAAGUCAGAUUUAAGUUUAUCAAAUGAUAAAUAUAGAAUAUUACAUGAAUAGAAAUAGGAAUUAGAGGGUUAAAUUGCUGAACUUUAAAACGAAUUAAAAGAAAUAAAAUAAAAAAAUUCUUAACUUGAAAGAGAAUUAGACUCAGAAAAGAUGAAACAAUCAAAAUUAGAAGAACGUGUUACAGAUAGGCUUUCUAAGACAUAAAGUUAAUUGGAAAAGGAGAUAUCUUUUAUUACAGUAGAAAAGACUCAAUUAGAAGGUAAAAUGAGAAAAUUGAAUGAUGAUCACUUAAAACUAACACAGUAAUAUUCCAAUCUCUCUGAAGAGCAUCAGCAUGUUAAGAACGACUUUGCUAACUAUAGAUAGUAAACUGAUCUUAUUUAAUCAGGAAUCGAAAAGCAAAAUAGCAAAAGCUCAAAAUAACUAGAAGAGCAAGAAGCAGUUAUUAAAGAUUUGAGAAAAUAAACUCAGAAAUUAAGUGAUGAAAAUAAAAAAUUGUUUGAUUAAAAUAAGUUAUUGUAGUAAGAAAUGGAUAUAAAAGAGCAAUAAAUUGAUACUCUUAAUGAUAAAAUAUUGAGUUUAGAAAAUGAUAAAUUAAAUACUCAAGAAAUGAAAUCUGAAAUUAAAACAACAAACGAUAAUCAUAAAUAUAUUGAAAUGAGAACUAAAUGGUAAGAUGAAAAAAAUCUCCACCUAGAAAAUUUAAAUAAAUUUAAAAAAGAUAUUAAAUAAAUAUAAGAUAUAAACGAUUAACUCUAGGCUUAACUCAUAGAAGCAUAGAGAUAAGUAAACGAACUGUAGAAUCAAUUGGUUUAGCAAAAAAACAGCCACAGUGAAGAAAUGGCGAAGUUAUUAUCUGAAAAAUAAUAAUAGUCAACUCAUAAUUAGGUGGAUUAAAAUGAAUAAGAAGAAAUUAUUAAUUAAAUGUAAAGAGAAUUGCUUUAAAAAAAUAAGUUGAUUGAAGAGUUAUAAUUUGAUAGUGAGAAAUAAAUUAGAGAAGAAAAAGCAAAAGUGGCAGCCAUCACUGUUAAAGUUUAGUAACUAGAAUAAGCUAAUUAAGAAAUAAUAGUUCCUGAUAAUAAACAAAGUGAGUUCGAAAUUUCUAAAUUAAAACUCUAAGUAGAUUAGCAUUAAGAGGAUUUAAAAAAGCAAAUAAAGCUCAAUUAAGAAUAAAAUGAAUUGCUUUUUAAUAUCCACAAAGAGCUUUCCUAAGAAAAAAAGAAUUUAGAUGAAUUUAGGGAGAAGAAUAACAUCUUAAAUGAUUAAAUUAUUCAAGCAACCAUUUAAAUAACUAAAUAAGAAAAUGAAUAACAAAGUUUAAAUAAAUAAAUUCAUUAGCUUCAGGAGCAAAAGAAUAAUUUAACACAAUAAAUCUAAGAUUUAUAAGAUAAUCUUGAGCAAGCAAAACAGCCAGAUAAAUAACUAUUAGAUUAGAUUGAAGAGCUUCAGUAAAUAAACACUCAAUUACAUGCAAGGAUAGAUUAAUUAAUGCUCGAAGCAAGUAAGAUGUAAUAGUACUAAGAUUAGCAAAUGCCUUUAGAAGAACAAUAAGUAGUUGGUGGAUAACAAAUGACAAAGACUCAACCUAAAAAGUUUAAUGCUUAAAAACCACAAGAAAUAAUUAUUGAAAAAGAUGUAGAUAAUAUGGCUACAAAUAGUAUGUUAUCCGAUGCAAGACGUAUAAAUGAUUGCUUAGAUGAUCAAAAUGGAAAGGAAAAUAGAUAGCUAAGUGCCUUCAAAUAUGACAGUGAGCAAAGAUAAAAUAUACAUCAAUAGUAAAAUUAAGUUAAACUUUCAGAAAUGGGAAAAAGAGGAUAGCAAUACAUAUCUCCAUAAUCAAGAGAUGCUAAAAACAGGCCUUUUUCAUAUGAUAAAUUCAAUAGUUAUAAUAACAAUCAAGGAACUAUUUAGAAUAAAGUAUCCCCAAGAUACUUCGAAGCUUAGGACAAUUUUGAAACCAUACCUGUAAACUUUGCAUAAGAUAUGAGACAAAUAGAUCCUGAAAGUGCUGCAUUGAUAUUCCCUUUCUAAAACCCUAUUCAGUAUUAUGAAAAUAAAGCUCCUAAGAUUAUAAAAGGAAAACUUGUUAGAAAUGAUUACAAUCUGUUUAGCUACUUACCUAACAAUCAUCAAGUUAUGUACAGAUUCAAAAGAGGUUGCUUGAAGGAGAAUUUCCCUUUAUUUUAAAAUGAAGAAAUUCAAAUUGGACUUAUAAGUAGACUAAUGGUAAAUGAUAGAGCUGAUAUCUUAGAAAUAAUUUUAUACUUCACCAAUAGAACAGAAGAUGUUAUUGCUGAUUUAUAAGUUUACUAUAACCCAGGAAAGACAAAUACACUUGAAUUAGAGCCUUAAGAGCUUGAUACUGAAAUCUUGCCAGGAGUUUAAAAAUCUCAAAGACUGCUUAUUGGAAUCAAUGAAAUUCCUUUUGAAAUUAUAUAAUUAGAUUUUUCCUAUAGAUUCAAACAUUAGAAUAGAAGAUAUACAUUAGCAAUACCAAAUAGUAUAAAUAAGUUCUUUGAACCAAAAGUUAUUGAUAUUUCUACUUUCAAGUAUUUAUGGGGAAAUUCAAAAGAUUAAAUGUAUAGGUCAGAGGAGAUUUAUUUAGAAGAAAAAGUUGCAAAGAGCUCAUAUGAUUUCUUAAAUUACUUUAAGAAUUUUAUGGAAAUCAACGAAGCAAAGUAAUAAGAUUACCUACUAGGACUUAAUGAAACAAAGGUAGGAGGUUGUUUCUCAUUAAGAGCAUCAAAUACCCGUUUUUUGAUGAAAGUUUCUAUUGGUCCAAAUGGCUAAGCAAUCUUUUAAGUUAGUCUUAUAGAUUAACCUGUUGAUGAAUUGCAAAACUGUGUUUUGGAGUAUAUAAUACAAACUUUUUCUCUAAUUUUCCGCAGCGAUUAAUGA